AUGAUAACAAAUAAUACUUCUCAACACCUUAUUUACGGUUUAUUAUUUGGGGUAAUACUUACGCUAUCUACUAAUUCGUUUGUAAAUUGGUGGAAAAGAAAGAAUCAAGAUGAUAAAACCACGCGAUCACUUAAACAACCUAGUGAUAUCAGAAGUGAAGAUAUUGCUGACGGUAUAGAAGGAUUAAUAGGAAAUACUCCAUUAAUGAGAAUUAAAAGUUUAAGUGAUGCUACUGGAUGUGAAAUUUUGGGUAAAGCUGAAUUUCUUAAUCCAGGUGGUAGUCCAAAAGAUCGAGCUGCUUUAUAUAUGAUAAAUGAGGCAGAAAAUAAAAAACUUAUACAACCAAAUAUAGGAUGUACUAUAUUUGAAGGAACUUCAGGAUCGACAGGAAUAUCAAUUGCAAUGAUUGCAAAAGCAAAAGGAUAUAAUGCAUGGAUUAUUAUGCCAGAUGAUCAAGCAAAAGAGAAAUAUCAAUUAUUAGAAAAAUUAGGAGCCACAGUAGAAAAAGUUAAACCUGCAAGUAUUGUAGAUAAAAAUCAAUUUGUUAAUUUAGCUAAACGUAGAGCUGAGGAUUUUGGAAAAAAUAAAGAAAAUAAUAAGAAAAAGCUUAUAGGUGGAGAUGAUAAUUACGAGAGAGAAAAUUCAAUUGAAAAUAAUGAAGCUACUGGAUUUUUUACUGAUCAAUUUGAAAAUUUAGCUAAUUAUUUAGCACAUUAUCAAGGAACAGGUCCGGAAAUAUACAGACAAACAAAUGGAAAAAUUGAUGCCUUAGUGACUGGAGCUGGUACUGGAGGAACAAUUGCAGGAAUUUCUCGUUUUCUUAAACCACUUAUACCUAGUCUAAAAGUGAUUCUUGUUGAUCCUCCUGGUUCAGGAUUAUAUAAUAAAGUGAAACAUAAUGUAAUGUAUUCGCCUUAUGAAGCUGAAGGAACCAGAACGAGACAUCAAGUCGAUACAAUUGUAGAAGGUGUUGGUAUAAAUCGUAUGACAGAAAAUUUUAACAUGUCAACUGGAAUGAUUGAUGACGCGAUUCGUGUUACAGAUGAAGAAGCUAUAGCUAUGGCAAGAUACUUAGCUAAAGAAGAAGGAUUAUUCAUUGGUAGUUCAUCAGCUAUCAAUUGUGUUGGAUGUGUGAGAGUUGCUAGAAAAUUAGGACCUGGACAUCGUAUUGUGACUAUAUUAUGUGAUUCUGGACAGAGGCAUCUGACAAAAUUUUGGAACGAUGAAUAUUUAAAACAAAAUAAUAUUUAUCCAAAAGAAGAAGAAGGAUUAAAUUUUAUAAAAUAAGACAAAAUGAUUAGAAAAUAUACAUAUUAUAUAAUAUCAUAUUAUAAUUUAUAAAUUAUAAAUGAUGAUAAAAAUUUUAUUGUAAAUAACAAAUAUUUAUAUUUCAGAAAUAAAAGGAGUUUAUAAAUACAUAAUAAAUAAUAAUAAAAAAAAAAAAAAAAAUUCUAUGACAAAUUUUUUAAUAUAUUCGCUGCGGGAUAAUUAAAGGUCACUAUAAAUUUUAAAUAUUUGAAAUAUGACAAUACUAGUACAAAUUAUUGAAUUCAUUUUGUGAUUAUCACAAUGACAAAUAUUUCAUCUAAAAUUUAUCCUACACAUAAUCCCCAAACAUUAACAAUAACGUACAUACUAUUGGUAUCAUGUCUGU